AGGUCCGGCCAUGUCCGCGCCGGGGGCGUCGCCCCGCGCCUGGGGGUGGCUGCUGCUCGGCGGCUGCGUCCUCGCCGGAGCCCAGCUGGACUCUGAUGGCACCAUUACCAUAGAGGAGCAGGUCGUCCUUGUGCUGAGAGCUAAGGUGCAGUGUGAACUCAACAUCACAGCUCAGCUCCAGGAAGGAGAGGGAAAUUGUUUUCCAGAAUGGGAUGGACUCAUAUGUUGGCCCAGAGGAACAGUGGGGAAAAUCUCGGCUGUCCCAUGCCCUCCUUAUAUUUAUGACUUCAAUCAUAAAGGAGUUGCUUUCCGACACUGUAACCCCAAUGGAACAUGGGAUUUUAUGCACAGUUUAAAUAAAACAUGGGCUAAUUAUUCAGACUGCCUUCGCUUUCUGCAGCCAGAUACCAGCAUAGGAAAGAGAGAGUUCUUCGAGCGCCUCCGUGUCAUGUACACCGUUGGAUACUCCGUCUCCUUCGGCUCCCUGGCUGUGGCUGUGCUCAUCAUCGGCUACUUCAGACGACUGCAUUGCACUAGGAACUAUAUCCACAUGCACUUGUUUGUGUCUUUCAUGCUGAGAGCUGCCAGCAUCUUUGUCAAGGACAGAGUGGCCCACACUCACCUGGGUGCAGAGGGGCUGCGGUCCCUGAUGACGCAGGCUGACCCACGAGCUUCCAUAGGAGCGCCUUCUUUGGACAAAUCACAAUACGUUGGGUGCAAGAUUGCUGUUGUGAUGUUUAUUUACUUCUUGGCUACAAACUACUAUUGGAUCUUGGUGGAAGGUCUCUACCUGCAUAGUCUGAUCUUCGUGGCGUUCUUUUCAGACACCAAAUACCUGUGGGGCUUCACCUUGAUAGGCUGGGGGUUCCCAGCGGUGUUUGUUGCAGCCUGGGCUGUGGCACGGGCAACUCUGGCUGAUGCGAGAUGCUGGGAACUUAGUGCUGGAGACGUCAAGUGGAUUUAUCAGGCCCCAAUCUUAGCAGCUAUCGGGCUGAAUUUUAUUCUGUUUCUGAAUACGGUUAGAGUUCUGGCCACCAAAAUCUGGGAGACCAAUGCGGUCGGUCACGACACGAGAAAGCAAUACAGGAAACUCGCCAAGUCGACGCUGGUCCUGGUGCUGGUCUUCGGGGUGCACUACAUCGUGUUCGUGUGCCUGCCUCACUCCUUCGCGGGGCGUGGGUGGGAGAUCCGGAUGCACUGUGAGCUCUUCUUCAACUCCUUUCAGGGCUUCUUCGUGUCCAUCAUCUACUGCUACUGCAACGGAGAGGUUCAGUCUGAAGUGAAGAAGUCGUGGAGUCGGUGGAAUCUCUCUGUGGCCUGGGAAAGGAGGGCUCUGUGCAGUGGCCACAGGUGCGGCUCUGUGCUCACCACUGUGACCCCCAGCACCAGCAGCCAGUCGCAGGUGGGGGCCAGCGCCCGCAUGGUGCUCCUCUCGGGCAGAGGGAGCAGGACGGCCUGCAGACAGCCCAACAGCCGCGUGACUUUACCUGGCUAUGUCUGGAGUGGCUCAGAGCAGGACUGCCUGCCACACUUGAUCCAAGAGGAUACCAGGGAAGGCAGCGGGAGGCAGGCAGACGAGACCGCAAUGGAGGAGUCUUCCAGGCCAUUGGAAUUUAACCCAGACACUGGAGAAAGCAAAGGAGAAAUGGAGGAUGUUCUCUGA